AUGAUAGUCCCGCCAUCCCGCGUGCGUGUGGCAGAAGUCACGGCGCAGGGCGGGUGGGGGUACAUCAACGCGCAGGGCGGCUGGCUGCCGGACGUGUGGUCGGGCAGCUCGAUGCGGUGCCUGGGUUUAGAAGCCGUUGCUGAGGAAGACCACAUGAUGGGGCACAACAAGGAGAAGCGUUAUGAGUGCGACGUGUGUGGCAAGGCCUGGCAGCACCCGAGCCAGCUGGAGAGCCACCAGCGGGUGCACACGGGCGAGAAGCCCUAUGGCUGUUCCACCUGCGGCAUGAGCUUUGGCUGGUUGUCGGGACGGCGGGAGCACUGGCGGGUGCACAGCAGUGAGCGGCCCUUCACCUGCUCCGACUGCGAAAAAGGCUACAAGUCGUCCAAGGACCUGAAGGUGCACAGGCGCCUGCACACCGGCGAACGGCCCUACACCUGCGCACAGUGCGGCAAGGGCUUCACCUGCUCCACCAGGCUGCUCUCCCACCAGCAGGUGCACUCCGGCGACCGUCCCGUCCCCAGCCCGGUGUGUGGAGAGCACUUUACCAUGGCCUCGCACACCCUGUCUCACCACGUGCACACCAGUGGCCAGCCCUACGACUGCCCGUACUGUGGUGAGGCGUUUGACAGCUCGCGGGGGUUGCGGCAGCACCGGCGGGCCCACGCCGGCGACCAUCUGCUCCCACAGCGGCAAACGUUUCAAGAGCGCACGUGGGCUGCGGGAGCACCAAUGUGA